GUUUUUGUUGAAAAUGACUAACAAAUUUAGCGCGAUCACACCUACAAAGAAGUUGUGAGAAGUUAGGAACCUGGGCAACCAUCACUGCUGAAGAUCACCUUCACAGUUUCAAGUUGUAAAAGGAGAUAAUGACAGAGUCUGAGAAUGAAAUGGAAGGGUCGUUGGUUGUGCAGAUAGUGAUGUCUCUACUUCUUAUCGCUAUUCCGGUCACUCUCAUAGGAAACGUGAUGGUUAUAGUGGUCAUUGCCAGACUCAAACGAGUCACGACACACUACAUUCUGCUGAACAUAGCGGCCUGUGACCUCCUCACCGGCCUUCUCUCUCAGCCCAUCAUGCUCCUUAAUUUAACAGGUUGGGAUAAGGAGUUCCACGCCCGCUUCCCCUGGGUGUGUAACAUACUGGGCUGUAUCUCCGCUACUCUUGCUUACGUUUCCUUCUUCACCGUGGCAGGAAUAGCACUGGACAGAUGCCUGGUCGUUAUACUGAAACACCGCUACAAAUUCAUUGUGACCCGGAACAGAAUGAUAGCUGCUAUCUGCACCAUCUGGAGCAUCGCCCUGCUCAUGGUUUAUCCAGUGCCGAAACUUAUCUUCUGUAGGUCAUAUUACUUCAGGUAUCUGGAGGACAGGAUGAUGUGCGUUGCAGCUGAUGAUAAAACUCUUACCUCCCAACAUAUCGUAACAGUCAGUACAAACAAUUUAGCAUAUUCUCCGGAUUUAGUUUCCUCUCCAAAUGAAAGCUACUGUAUCGGUACACGCUUCCUUCCAAACAGUUUGGCCGCGUUGGUAAAACAGAAAGGGUGUAAGAUAAUAGUAGCCCUAGUAGAAUCAAUAGCUCUGAUCGCAGUUCCUGUUCUCAUUGUCCUCAUCACCUCCAUUGUCCUGAUAAUCGGACUGUACAGAAAGCUCUGCUCUCAAAGUCACGUGGUCAAACGCAGUGUCGAAACUGUGAUUAUCAUGAUGGUUGGGUUCAACUGCUGUGUUCUACCUUACUGUCUCACAGUUCCUAUAGACCCUGUGGAUCUGGGGGGACGCUGUAUGUUGGUCUUAAUAUUUCUCCUGCAGCUUCACUCCGCCAUAAAUCCUCUUAUUUACCUUCUGAGGAGCUCAAAGUUCAGGAGACAAGCCAUUACUAUUGGUAGUGAGUUUAUAAGGUCUAUUGAUAAGAGACAUAGGUUGAAGUCUAUUAGACAAUCCUUUAAACGCAGACAAUGUGAUUAA